GUUGUAUUGAAGGAACAGAACAUCCGGCAGUGCAGUGAGUCAGUGUCUCCCACGUUAAGAUGUGCGUAUAACAUAUCAUAUCUUCUAAUUUUGCGAUUGUACCGGCGAAGCACAACUUAAACCCGGUAGAAUGGCCUGUCAAACACAAGUAUGUAAAGAAGAAUUUCGAUGUGGAAAUUUUGGAUUGGGCCAUAAACAGCCUCGCCUAUUUGUGACGUCACAGUGUGGCCCCUCUGUUAUAUACCCUAUAUGGACCAUCCUCUGGCUCGUGUACCGGGUGAUCUGGAUCAUCUUGGAUAUUUAUUGGGACGCAGAAGAUGGUGAUCUACCAGAUUCGAUGUGGCUGGUGUUCCUGACAAACUGGAGUUACCUUCUGUUACAUAUCGCCUCGACAUGGGACUUCAUUUCCACCCACGUGGUUAAUCUAUCACAGACUAACAUUAAGAAAGGGGAGAGAGAGUCCAUGCCCUGGUAUCUGAUGGUGGACUGGAUACUGUUCAAUACACUCAACGUCGUCGGAUUUUUUGUUACCAUCGUAUACUAUGGUGUUUUGACUACAGUUGCAAGCCCGUCCAGCAUAAACAAGCAUGCCAUGAACAGUGUAUUCAUUUUUAUCAACUUUUUCCUCUGUGCAAAACCAGUCCGUAUACUUCAUUUCUACCAGCCGUUGACAUUUAUUCUUAUGUUUGGAAUAUUCUCCUUGAUCUACCAACUUUCGACCGGCUUUAUCAUCUACCCCUUCCUUGACUGGUACAACCCUGGGCCAACCGUAGGCUGGGUGCUUGGACUGGGCCUCGGCGUGAUGCCUCUUGUCCACCUCUUCUUCUACGGUUUAUAUCACAUAAGGACGUUGGUACAUGAAAAGUGUUGUUUCAAGCCGAAUCCGUCAUCAGUCGAAACACGUAAUACACAUGACAAUACUGUGGAAGAGAAAAAUGUGUGAUGAGCGGAUUUGCAUAUGUAAAUCACGUGUUAACUUGUAGUUAGAGGAGGAGGAGGAGGAGGAGGAGGAGGGUUAGAGUCUCGACAAAAUAUAAAUUGUGAGGGUCAUGAGCGGUGAUGUAAAUAGAUCGUAAUGGUAAAAGGUCAUGAGAGUGGAUCAUAAGAGAAACGGAACGUGCAGGAAAUGAGUGGUGACAGGCAUUAUUCGUGACAGAAAUAAGUCGUUAGGGAAAGUGGGUAUGGUGGGAAGUUGGUAGUGAGGGAUGUGAGCUAUGAGGUAAUGUGAUAAUAAUUUGGGUGGAUUUAGAGAGGACUUGGUCACAAGGCCUGAAGUGGCUCGUGAGGGUAUUAGGUCAUCGGGAGUCGUAAGGUGAGUGAUUGGUGUUAGGUCUGAGGAGAGCGUUAUUGGAAUGUGUAAUAAGAAAAGUGGUUUGUAAGAGAAGGGUUCGAGAGUGUAGGCGAUCGUUAGGAGAGUAAGUGUUGAGUGUAGGCCUAGUUAGAAGGUCGUUAGAUAGUGGCUCAUUAGGUAAUUGGGUCGGGAAGAGAGAUGGUCCUGAGGGAGGUGGGUCAGAAGUGGAGUGGGUCGUAUUUAUUUUGAAUUUCUGUACUCAUUAUCAUAUUUGUAUAUGUAUCGUGCUGAUCAUUGAUUCAAUAACGUAUUGAUGUGUUUGCAAAGACGCUUCCUAUUUAGAAGCAAUGAAAUCUUCACUGAUAUUGAUGAUUAGACCAACAUGGGAUAUUUCAAGGGUAUCAUGGAAACUGUCUGGUUACGUGAUUUACAAGACCGGUGCCAAUGUAAAUGACAGAGAUCUUAUUGACGUAAGAUAGUUAUUCAGUAGCUAUUAGGUUAUAUCUGUCAACGUUUCCGUUUUUGUUUCAUCAACGGUUCAGACAUUGUACAUUUAGAUAUACUGGAACCGGUGAUAAAAAUAUCUUUUGUUUCGUUAAUUGCUAUCAUUUCAAGUCUUUUAUUGAAAUAUACAUUUUAUACAAAGAACAAAUUGUUUGUUAUUGUACAAUUCAUACAUAAAACAUUGCAGGAAAUUCAUAAUUCAACUACGUCAUCCGCUUCGACCAAUGGACAAACAUAGUACAGUUGCGAUGUGGAUGACGUGAUGGUUAAUGACACCGUAAAUUUAUAAUUUGAAUAGUUAAAGUCGUCCAAU